UUUGACUUUCUCCGCCCGUCCCUCUGUACUCGUCUCCCUACUCCAAUAAGCUCAAAACCUCCGCCAACCGCCUCUUCCGCCGCCCAUUUAAGAUUCUUUCUCCUUCUUCUUCCUCUUCAGAUGAAUCUCCAUUAAAAAAAAAAAAACUCCAAAAGGGUAAAAUUUCGCUUUCAAUCGUACAGAAAAAAAAAGGAAAGAGAUGAUGCUUCUAGAAGACUUGAAAAAGUUACCUACUCUCUUCACUCCUCUCCUGUGAACUUCAUCAAAAAUCUUCUCCAUCAUUAUCAUAAUUAAGCUUAUAAAUUGCUCCAAAAAAAUUUUUUAAACUCAAAAUUGUGAUUUUUGACUAUGGAGACGAAGUCGCAGCAGAGAUUUGGAUUUGGCAGACAAUCGUCACUAGCUCCGGAGGGGAGAAACGACGACGCUGCGAUUGCUUCUGUCGGAGAUGAUGACGUUGAUCCUGGAGUGAGGCUAAUGUACAUGGCGAAUGAAGGUGAUGUUGAGGGAAUUAAGGAGGCUUUGGAUUCCGGAACGAGUGUGAAUUUCCGUGAUGUUGAUGGUCGGACGGUGUUGCACGUUGCCGCCUGUCAAGGUCAAGACGACGUCGUCAAGUUGCUACUCCGUCGUGGUGCCGAGGUCGACGUCAAGGAUUGCUGGGGCAGCACGCCUCUUGCAGAUGCAAUUUAUUACAAAAACAAUGAUGUCAUUAAGCUUCUGGAGGCACAUGGAGCAAAACCUCUGAUGGUUCCCAUGCAGGUGCGAAAUGCUCGUGAAGUUCCAGAGUAUGAAAUUGAUCCGCGAGAACUUGAUUUUAGCAAGAGUGUUGACAUAACAAAAGGGACAUUCUGCAUUGCUUCCUGGCGCGGAACCCUGGUUGCUGUUAAGAGACUUGGCGAGGAAUUGUUGACUGACGAAGAUAAAGUAAAGGCAUUCAGGGAUGAGCUUGCUCUGCUUCAAAAGUUGCGUCAUCCUAAUGUUGUUCAGUUUCUUGGUGCCGUAACGCAAAGUAGUCCAAUGAUGAUCAUUACGGAAUACCUGCCGAAGGGAGAUCUUUGUGCAUUCUUAAGACGGAGAGGUGCCUUAAAGCCAGCACUGGCAGUCAAGUUUGCUUUGGAUAUUGCCAGAGGAAUGAAUUACUUGCAUGAGCAUAAACCGGAAGCAAUAAUUCAUCGAGAUCUGGAGCCUUCAAACAUUCUACGAGAUGAUUCUGGGCAUCUGAAAGUUGCGGACUUUGGACUCAGCAAACUGGUAAUAGUUGGAACAAGAACAAUUAAAGAAGAUAAACCGGUUGGAUGCCAAGAGACUUCUUGGCGAUAUUUGGCUCCUGAAGUUGAUAAAAAUGAGGAAUAUGAUACUAAAGUUGAUGUCUUUUCAUUUGCAUUAAUACUGCAGGAGAUGAUUGAAGGCUGUCCUCCAUUUUCUGAUAAGCAAGAGAGACUAGUCCCAAAAUUGUACGUGGCAAAUGAACGCCCUCCUUUCAGAGCUCCACCGAAGCUUUAUGCUCAUAAGCUCAGGGAGUUGAUUGAAGACUGCUGGAAAGACAACCCAUCGGAAAGACCAACUUUUAGGCAAAUAAUUUCCGAGUUGGAGGGUAUUGAUAGCCAUCUCAUUCGUGGAAAGCGUUGGAAGGUGAAGGCGCUCAAGUGCUUCCAAAACCUUGAAGCCAUCCUUAAAUUGGAUCAUUCUAAUUCAAAAAACCGGUCCUCCCGUUCAAAUCUCUCCUCCAUUGGGUGACGCACACAAGCCAAUUGUUCCCACCAUCUGUGCGCUUAUAUAGCCUUCAAUCUUUGACGUCUAAAUUCUCUCGUUCAAGUAACAAGAAUUUACUUGUGAUUUUGCCCUUUUGUGAUUUUGCCUUUAUAUUGUUUCGGACUACCAUUUGUACAAAUAGUACAUGCUUACUGACUAUGUACAGCCAUAUUGAACGACUUUGGACCAUAGUUCUUGCCGCAGCCAUCAACAUAGAAGCUUUUGCCUUGCUUAA